UUACUCAUGCUAUGGUAGGUCCUACCUUUUAUCAGGUACCUGUGGACUCUCAGCCUGAUUCCUUUCCUUAGGAAGAACCACAGUCUGGGCAAAACAUAUUCAAACACAAACAAGGAAGGGCGCACCAUCCUAGUUCAUUAUCCCCUAUAGAAAAAUGAAAAAUGACAGUUGUAUAGUACAGACUAUAAUAAAGUAGUCUACAUUAGUUAACCAGGCAGUAUAGUAUGCAAAAAGUUUAUUUAAUUUAUUAAAAAAGUGAUUGAGAAACGUGUGGUACAUUAUCACCUAUACCAUUUUUUGAUAAUCCGCAAUAAAUUAUACUCACAAACCAUUUGAAAGGAACAGCAUAUCAAGCUUUGCUUCUGUAGCAUGAUUGUACACAACAUAUACACUGUCCAUAACUUGCCUUGUGCCAUCAGAGGCAGUUUGGCCCUGCACCUUAAAAAAAAAAAUACAGAAAAGGUUUGAAUUGGGUUGAAAUAGUCAGGUCUUCCAAAACUGAUAUUUAGAUUUUUUUUGUUGGUUCUAGAAAUUUUAAUCAAUGGCUUUAUAUAUCAUGCAGAGAUUAGCCUCUUCACUUCUCUCUACUCCAAUGUGUGUCAUCUUAACAUUUUUAACCCAUUUUGCAGGUGAAGCAAGACCAGCUUAUCCUUUUAGAUGUGCUUAGCUUUAAAAACAUUCUUCAAGCAUGUGCAUUCCGAGUUUGAAAUUUAGACAUUUUUUUGUGAUUUAGUGUUAUGUUCAGGUUCAUGUGACAAUAAUUGCCUAAUUGCCUAUUGUGCGGUACAGCUUCAUGAUUGGCUCAUAUUGUUGGCCGGAUAUGACCAGUGAUUGAUCCAAAUUAAACAAAUGUAGCCUUUGCUCUCUGUGGUGUCCUACGCUGAAGCUCUUAGUACUCAUUCACAACCCCUGUUUCACAGAACUAUCUGAUAUGGGUGGGUUUUUCUCUGAACUGGUCCGUCACUGGAAACUGCUUCCAUUAAUCACUGUGCUGGGCCUUAGUAAUGGCUUGCCAUUUGGCUAUCAUGUGUCAGUGAUCAGCUCUUCAUCAGUGUUUGUCAGAAGCUUUAUCAACCAGACCUGGAUAGGAAGGUAUGGAUCUCCUGUCCCUACAGAAACACUUACUCUGCUCUGGUCUACAACAGCUUCAGUGCUCAGUCUUGGAGGCCUUCUGGGAUCUCUAUCAUCUGGGUACAUGACACGAAGGUUUGGAAAAAGAACAUGUCACGUGAUAAGUGGCUUGAUGGGAAUAACAGCAUCGCUAUGUCUUGGGUUCAGCAAGAUGGUGGGAUCCUAUGAAAUGAUUGUGGUUGGCAGGUUGCUUUAUGGCAUAGCUAUAGGUUUGGGCAUUAACAUUUAUGGACAGUAUCUUGGAGAAACUGCUCCAAGGAAUCUUCGGGGAUUCACCAAUACCACAUGCCCCAUCUUUGUAACUACAGGGAAGCUGUUUGGACAAGUUGUUGGGCUCAGCUAUGCAUAGGAUAUGGGGACAUGGAGACUACCAAUUAGAACUAGACAACAUACUGGCAGAGGGGGAGAUGCGAAAGAACACCAAGAAUAUGAC